UCACUGCGACCUCGCGUGACGCUCGUCACGCACUUCCGGUCCCCCGGUGAUUCGUUAUACAUAAUUCUUUUUGAACAAAAUGUGGUAGCUGCGAGACUGUAAGCCUCCUCCGGCUCGUCAGGAUCAGUCAAACAGGAGCAUGAGCGUGUGUUGUCCCCGCUGACGCAGAUGGAGGAUUCAGACGGCGCUCCGACACCGGGCUCAUCAGCUGUCCCUGAAAGAAGCAAUGCCCGACCCGCCGGCCGUUCAGGUCCGUCCAGGCCCUCCAGGCACCGGGAGAACCAAUCCAAGUCACCAAGGCGACGUCGGGAAGGAAAGAGGUCACAGCGACAGGGGGAUGGUCACGAACAGCUGCUCUGGGAGAUCGAGCGGCGCAGGUUGCCAGGCCAACACGAGCACUCGGAGCCCUCCGGCUCCACCAGCGACACAGCGGAAAGUUCACCUAAGAGGAGAGCUCACUUCCUACAUGGACCGUAUCCAGCCACUCAUUUCGGACCCAAAGCCUGUAUUCUUCCCAACCCGACGUCAGUCAUGCACAUCCAGGACCCGGCCAGCCAGCGGCUCACCUGGAACAAGCCUCCGGUCAACGUGUUGGUCAUCAGGAAGAUACGCGAUGAAAGCCUGGUGGAGCCCUUCAAGGAGCUGUGCCGGUUUCUAGUGGAGGAGAAGCAGAUGAUGGUCUACGUGGAGCGACGGGUCGCCGACGACGACACGCUCUGCAAGGACGAGGCUUUCGGCACUAUCCGGAAUCAGCUGUGCACCUUCAGAGAGGGCUUCGAUGACAUCUCGGACUGCAUCGACCUGAUCAUCUGCCUGGGAGGCGACGGCACGCUGCUCUACGCCUCCUCCCUCUUCCAGGGAAGCGUUCCGCCCGUCAUGGCGUUCCACCUCGGCUCCCUCGGCUUCCUGACGCCGUUUAAAUUCGAGUCGUACAAAACCGAAGUGGCCAAAGUGUUUGAAGGGAACGCAGCCAUUACCCUGCGCAGCCGGCUGAAGGUGAAGGUGGUGAAGGACUUGCUGCAGUCUGCGCGCGGCCGGGACCAGCAGCAGGAACACAACGGCCUGGCUCCUCGGGGACACUCCGGCAGCGAGGCCGGCAAAGUCACACUGCAGCUGCAGGUGCUGAAUGAGGUGGUGGUUGACCGAGGCCCCUCGUCCUACUUGUCAAACGUGGACUUGUACCUGGAUGGACGUCUCAUCACUUCAGUCCAGGGCGACGGCGUGAUUGUGUCGACCCCUACCGGCAGCACGGCGUACGCCGCGGCCGCCGGGGCGUCCAUGAUUCAUCCCAACGUGCCGGCCAUUAUGGUCACGCCCAUCUGCCCGCACUCGCUCUCCUUCAGGCCCAUCGUGGUUCCCGCUGGGGUGGAGCUCAUGAUCACGUUGUCUCCUGACGCCAGGAACACCGCCUGGGUCUCAUUUGAUGGGAGGAAGCGGCAGGAGAUCCAGCAUGGCGACUGCAUUAAAAUCACCACGUCGUGUUUCCCGGUGCCGUCCAUCUGCUGCCACGACCUGGUGUACGACUGGUUCGAGAGCCUGGCUCAGUGUCUGCACUGGAACGUUCGGAAGAGGCAGGCGCGACUGACCGAGGCGUCCGACUCUUCAGACACGGAAAACUGACCUGUCUUCAGCUGGAGCCGCCGCCUGAGUCUGGCCUGUUGGUGGUGAAGAUCAGUGAACCUCUGGUCCUCACAGUCCUGAUAGAUUUGAACCCAUUUUUUAUUGUCGACAUUGAGAAAAAGAUCUGCACAUGACCGUUUCAAAACCACAACAUAAAGAGCCACGACAAAGACUUGUGUACCUUUGUAAAUAAAACACAAUCGGUCCGUUUCGUCAGGUUAUAUUUAUAUUUUUUUCAAAGGGAGCCUACGGUGGAAUGUUACAUGAGUCUCUGGCAUCCAGCCUCCUGCGUGUGCGUCGGUCAGAGAACACGACAUUACAUGAUAUUUAUUUCCCUUCUGCUGUAUAACUGUGUUUCACAAUCAUUUUGAGAGAGAAAUAAAAGCUCAGCCUCUC